AUGUCUCGCUGGGGCCAGACAGCCAAAAUCAUCACUGAACUCCCCACUGGAGAGCAAAAGGACUACUUUUUGAAGACGAUCAGCUUGGGAGAGACCGGCGCAAAGAUGAUACAUGGCGAGUUCGAGUCACUCAAAGCCCUUAACGGAGUCCUGUCUGACUUUGCCCCUGAACCAUACGCCUGGGGUCAAUUCAACAGCAAGCCUGACACCUGCUUCUUGCUUACUCAGUUCCGUGAAGUCGGAGAGCAACCUCCUAAUCCAGUGAGAUUCACAGCACGACUGGCUGAGCUGCACAAGCAAUCAGCUUCACCAACAGGCAAAUUUGGCUUCCACAUCCAAACCUUCCACGCCAAGCUCCCCCAGAUCACUGACUGUUGGGAGGAAUUGUGGGCAGUGCUAUACCGGAACCAGCUUGCUCAGAUGGUCAGACUAGAUGACGAGAAGCACGGUGUAUGGCCCGAGUUCAGAAAGCUCUGCACACUUGUUCUCGAUAAAGUCAUCCCCCGGCUCCUGGAGCCUCUUCAGUCCGAUGGGCGCUCCAUUAAACCUUGUUUGAUUCACGGUGACUUGUGGGACGAAAACACAGCCACUGAUAUGGACACGGGUGAGCCCUUCGUUUUUGAUGCUGGCUCAUUCUAUGGACACAAUGAGUACGAGAUUGGCAAUUGGAGGGCAGCACGGCACAGAUUGAGCGAUAAGAUGUACGUGAGGAACUAUAAGCGCAACUUUCCUGUGUCAGAACCAGGUACGCUUGUCGUGUCCACAUCAGUUCUGAAUUGCAACUAA